AACCUGUCAAGUCACAUUCAACUUCACCGGUCGGCAACGAAUCUUAGUAUUGAGGGCUUGUACAACCUAUUCAGCAAAAAUCAUGUGUAAGCCCGGGCUUUUUCUUAUAAUGGUAGCUAUCCCCCUGGCAACCGUAUUACCACAUAAUACCGUUGACGACCGGAGAAUAACGAAAAUCAAGAUCCACACUCGAGUUGUGAAAAGACUGACAAAAGAGAAGUCGAUGUAUGAGAAGGAGGUGGAGACGCUGGAGGCCCGGGUCAACAAGCUGAAGGAUGACGGAGCUGAUGAGCAUGAUAUCCGGAAACAGACUGAGGUUCUGCAGGAGUCCCGUAUGAUGAUCCCGGACACGAAGAAGAGGCUGAAGACAGCGUACGAAGAGCUGGAGCAGAUACUUCAAAACGACAGUGAUUUGUCAGAGAGAGGGGAAUUUGGACAAGCCAAGGAUGCUUUGGAAGCAGCAAAAGCAGCUAUAGCAUAGUCUUGUCCUUCACAUGUCUCUCAUUCAGAAGUUUCGCUCUGCGAAUGCAUGUGGUUAUUUGUAUGAGCAGAUAAUAAAACCUGUUACAAAUU